ACGAACGACGACUGGUCGCGCACUACGAGUAGGGCGCUGGUCGGCUCCGAAACCCAGAAGAAGAGACGACUCGUUAGACGAUAGCCGAGACGAAAAACCACGACUAGCAAACGCUCACCUACCCUAACCAAGUCGUUCUCUCUCUCUCUCUCUCUCUCUUUCUUUUUAUCCGACUCUCACUCUCUCAUUUAUUUCACUAUAUAUUUUUUACUUUGAAUCCACACGGACGGAUACACACUUCAUAUCUCGGCCACGAGGAGAUUUUUGACGGAGGAGGGCAAGUCCUCUGGCGAGAAGAAUAAAUCAACGAUAGCAGGAUACGAGGAAAGGUGAAAACGAGCGAGGAUCGAGGAGAAACAGGAAAAAAUGUCGUCUUCAGCGGUGCAUCAAGCAAAAACAUCCAAGUACACCUACCGCUCAAGCGGGGGUGGAGGAUCGGCCGACGUCAGCAUCGAAUACAGCGCCGACCUGACCGCUCUCUCCAGGCUCGAGGACAAAAUUCGCCUGCUCCAGGAUGAUUUGGAGUCCGAGAGAGAGUUGCGUCAGAGGAUCGAACGUGAGCGCGCCGAUUUAAGCGUGCAAGUAAUUCAGCUGUCCGAACGCCUUGAAGAGGCCGAGGGUGGCGCCGAAUCUCAGUUUGAGAUCAACAAGAAGCGAGACACGGAACUGUUGAAGCUCCGUAAACUCCUCGAAGAUGUGCAUCUCGAGAGCGAGGAAACCGCUCACCAUCUGCGCAAGAAGCACCAAGAAAUCGUGGUCGAUUUUCAGGACCAGAUCGAUCAGCUGUCAAAGGCCCGCGCUAGAUCUGACAAGGAAAAAGCCAAGUUUCAACAAGAAGUAUACGAACUCCUCGCUCAACUCGAAAAUGUCACGAAGGAGAAAUCCCUAUCGAUGAAGACGGUCGAGAAGCUCGAGAUUCACGUUUCCGAGCUCAAUGUCAAAAUCGAAGAACUGAACCGCACGAUAAUCGACAUCACGAGCCACAAGACUCGUAUCUCACAAGAGAAUAUUGAACUGGUCAAGGAAGUCCAAGACCUCAAGGUUAACAUGGAGAGCAUAAAUUACACCAAGACUCAACUAGUUAGUCAAUUGGAGGAUUCGCGUCGUCGUCUCGAAGACGAAGAUCGCCGUCGCGCAAUGGUCGAAGCAUCCUUGCACCAGGUCGAAAUCGAAUUGGAAUCGGUCCGCGUUCAACUCGAGGAAGAGUCCGAAGCUCGUUUGGACCUCGAGCGUCAACUGGUCAAGGCCAACGGCGAGGUCUCCGUCUGGAGGUCCAAGUACGAGACCGAAGCUAACGCCCGCGCCGAAGAGGUCGAGGAACUCCGUCGCAAAUACACUUGCCGUAUUCAAGAACAGGAAGAACAAAUCGAGAAUCUUCUCGUUAAGAUAAACAAUCUUGAGAAGCAGAAAUCUCGUCUUCAAUCCGAGGUCGAAAUUCUCAUAAUUGACUUAGAAAAGGCCAAUUCAACCGCUCGGGAGCUCCAGAAACGCGUUGAACACAUGGAAAAGGUCAACAUCGAAUUGAAAUCGCGCAUCGAGGAAACUGUCACCCUGUACGAACAGAGCCAACGCGAUCUUCGCAACAAACAACAGGAGCUGAUGCGCUGCAACGCCGAGUUGGAGAAAACUCGUGACCUCAAGGAACAACUUGCACGUGAAAACAAGAAACUUGGAGAUGACUUGAACGACGCGAAGAACCAGCUCGCCGACAUGAACCGCAGACUCCACGAGUUGGAACUCGAACUCCGUCGUCUUGAGAACGAGCGCGAGGAGCUCGCUGCCGCCUACAAGGAAGCUGAAGCCGGACGCAAAGUCGAGGAACAACGAUCGCAGAGACUCUCUGCCGAGUUGAGUCAACUUCGUCACGAAACGGAGCGUCGUCUUGCCGAGAAGGACGAAGAGAUCGAAGCUAUUCGCAAGCAAACGAGCAUCGAGAUCGAACAAUUGAACGCUCGCGUCGUCGAGGCUGAAACGAAACUCAAGACCGAAGUGCAGCGAAUCAAGAAGAAGCUGCAGAUUCAGAUAACCGAACUCGAGCUCUCACUCGAUGUUGCAAACAAGAACAAUAUUGAUCUUCAAAAGACGAUCAAGAAGCAGUCGCUCACACUUACGGAACUGCAAGCUCAUUACGACGAGGUUCAGCGCCAGUUGCAGGUGACCCUCGAUCAACUUGGCAUCAGCCAGCGUCGUUUACAAUCUUUGACUGCUGAGCUCGAAGAAGUUCGCGGCAACUACGAAUCCGCACUUCGGGCCAAGAGGACCGUCGAGCAGCAGUACGAAGAAUCGGUCAGUCGAAUCAACGAGCUUACGACGAUAAACGUGAACAUUGCAUCGUCGAAGGCAAAGAUUGAACAAGAAUUGACAGCUCUUGCCGGUGAUUACGAGGAAGUUACGAAAGAACUUAGAGUCAGCGACGAAAGAUAUCAGCGUGUACAGAACGAGUUUAAGCACACCGUUGAAAUUUUGCACGAAGAACAAGAGCGUAUCGUCAAGAUCGAAGCUAUCAAGAAAUCUCUCGAGAUCGAAGUUAAGAAUCUCUCGAUUCGUCUCGAGGAGGUCGAGGCCAAUGCGAUUGUCGGUGGUAAACGCAUCAUCAGCAAGCUCGAGGCCAGAAUCCGCGAUUUGGAAUUGGAAUUGGACGAGGAGAAGCGCAGGCACUCGGAGACGGUGAAGAUACUCCGCAAGAAGGAGCGUCACAUCAAGGAAGUGAUGAUUCAGGUUGAGGAGGACGCCAAGAACGUCUCGUUGCUCCAGGAGUCUUUGGACAAAGCGUGCCAGAAGGUCAACAUCUACAAGAGGCAAUUGCAGGAGCAAGAGGGUAUGUCGCAGCAGAGCGUUACGCGAGUGCGUCGUUUCCAGAGAGAAUUGGAAGCUGCGGAAGAUCGUGCCGACACGGCUGAGAGCAAUUUGACGCUGAUCCGUGCGAAGCACCGUAGUUUCGUAACGACCUCCUCAGUCCCCGGAUCCCAGGUCUACCUUGUCCAGGAGACGAGGCGAGAGGAGAGCAUGUAAAGAAAAACCAAAUACUGAUGAAAAAAACCGCGUCUCGAUCUAAGGAAAAAAAAAAGAUAUUAAAAAAAAAAGUAUAAAAAAAACACACACACACACAGCCAAAAAUACCGCUCAGUCCUACCCCAAAAGCGAAAAGAUAAUAAUGAAAAAAAAAAAAAACAAAAGAAACGCCUGGAACCCUCCGUGAAUGCGAACCUAGCGUGCAAUAUCGCUGAGCCGAAUAAUGAGAUUAAAAUAAAAGCAUACGCACACUCGACCACACUCAUACACGAACACUCGAACGUUUUUUUGAAAAAAAAAAUCAUUAAAUUGCGUCCUUUCCAACGUUAUUAUGUUACUCUCGAUCUUACUGUAGCGAUAGUGAAAAAAAAAAGAAGAAAAAGAAACAACCAAAAAAUGACAAAAAUAGGCCACAUUCGAUCUAGUCAACCUCUCCUUUUCGAAUGGAAAUACGAAAGAGUAAAUGACCUGCUCGAGGAAAUCGCCUUUGUAUAGGCGACGACGAACAAAGCCGCUUUUCUAUUCGUUCGUUUCUCGUGCGGAGAUCGUUGAGCGCGCAGGACAACCCGUCACCGAGAUGCCAUGGUUUUUUUUUUUUUGCAAGAAUUCUCAUGAACCAACUCUGAAGGAAAUAAUACGAAUAUCACCGAAACUUCAUCUCCGUUAAUGACACAAAUAUUUAUAUAAAAUCGAGAAAGAAAAAAAUGUUAAUCGUGCAAACGCAAACACUUAACGGAACAUCUCACAAACACACGAACACGCACCCACAGAGACGAUCGCCCGCUGGAUUUGUUAAGAAACUAUUUUAUUUUUAUAAAAGAGAAAAUAAGUGAGAUAUAGAGCGGUUGACACACGCACACACGGACACGAAGAUGGUAGAUUUUUGGGUGUUGCACUCGGCCAAUAUUUCUUAUUGUCGCACCGCAGACGAGGAAACAAGGAAAAUCUCAAAAUCACUAUCAAAUGACAAUGAAUAACGUCGAUAAUGGACACGGAGAUUCGAUUGUGAAGCUCAAACUUUCGAGUGCUAUUCGCUUGCGAUAACAAUAUUAUAAUUCACUACGAAAAAAAAUCCAAAACGUUUUUUUUUACCUUCAGGAUCUCGAAUCAGUGUAGCCACGAAAAAAAUCAAAACCAUAAAUCUAUCUACGAAUACGAACGAAUUGUAAAGAUUCGAGUACACUCGAUCGACACUCGAUAUCGCGACGAAUUCCAACAUUUUCAGCGACAAAACAAUAAAAAGUCUUCGCUUCGUCCACGAGGAGGAAAACACAUCGAAAUAUACCGUCAGAUCAAAUGAACAACAAAUCCAAAGAAAGAUAAAUUGCAUUAUUAUACUACUUACCGAACAUCAUCUCACUUCUAAAGAAAACAUCGCACCGACCGAUGAUUAUCGGUAUGUCUAUUUAUACAUGUGUAUACCCCCCACAGUUAUACAUUUAUACAUAGAUGUACGAAUAAUCCUCAUUUUAAUUUAUCGUUAAAGUAAGGAAAAAAAUAAAUACGUAUACACGUCUACCAAACGUACAUACAUAUUGUAUUUAAAUAUUAAUAAUAAUAAUAAUAAUAAUAAUAAUUCUACUCUACUACUACAUAGAUAGGUAUUAUUUUGCCCAUUCACAGAGCCUCGUUGUACGACAUACACAUUAACCUGUGUCAACAUAUAUAAUUUAAUAAUAAACUGAAACGCGUACGUACGAAA